UCCUUUUGCUGCUAAUUAAGACCAUGUUCAUAUUCCUUCACUUUCUUUUCCUUGAUGAUCCAUCACUCAGUAUAAUCCAGAAACAAUUUCAUUUGGAUAUCGCUAGUAAUAUAGUACAGUUAUUUACGUGUUCUUAUCUAUCUGAUUCAUACGGGGAACAAUUCUUCUCUUCAAUCAUCUUCACCCUGUCAUGCACAUGGCGGCACACAGAAUAAUUGAGGCAACAAAACAUUCAUUUAAAUUCAAGUCCGUAGUAUUUUCCCAUUCUGCUGCUGUAAGAACCCUAAAAUCCAACGCCUUAAACCCUAAAUUAUACACUUUAAAACCUCCCAUCAAGAACUGGCCCAAGAAUGUCAACCCAAAACGAAUACUCAACCAUUUAAUCCACGAAUCAGAUGUCCAUAUAGCCCUCGAAAUUUUCAACUACGCAGCCCGCUACCAGCUGGGUUAUAAGCAUAACUACGCAACCUACUAUAAGAUGGUUCAAAGGCUUGUAGUAUCCUCAGAAUUCGAAGCCAUGGAAACUGUUCUUGAGCGCUUGAAACAUGAUAGGAUUGAAUGCUCCGAAAAUUUGUUCAUUUUCGUAAUCGAAGGUUAUGGCUUUGCCAAUAAACCCAAGGAGGCAAUGAAAACCUUCUUUAAGAUGCGUGAUUUUAGGUUCAAUAGCUCUUAUACGAGGUCCUUCAAUGCUCUUCUCGAUGUUAUGAUUCAUAACAAGCGUUUUCAGCUACUGCAUUCUCUGUAUAACAAUUCCAGGAAAUUCGGGGUUCUACCGAAUGUAGGUACCUUUAAUGUUCUCCUAAAAGCCCUCUGUGAGUUGGGAAAGUUUGAGUCUGCAUGCAAAGUGUUUGACGAAAUGCUGACCCUUGGGUGUACCCCUAAUGCUGUCACUUAUUGCAUGCUUGUGAGGCUUCAUUGUCCUCGAGGUGAUAUAGUUACAGCUAGGAAGCUGUUUGAAUAUAUUCUUAGUAAGGGGUGGGUUCCUGAUGAUGCGACUUAUAUGGUAUUGAUAGAUGGGUAUUGCAAGCACGGAGAAGUGCAGGAAGCUGUGACGCUUAUGAGAGUAAUGGAAGAGAUCGGGUGCAAUAGUACUGAUGUGCCUUAUAGUAUAGUCAUUGAGGCUUACUGCAAAAAGGGCAAGAUUGACGUGGCUGUGAGCUUGUUGAACGACAUGAUAGAUAAGAAGUGGAUUCCAAGUUCAAGUCUCUGUAAUGAAGUUAUUGAUGGUCUUUGCAUGGAAGGUAAGGUGGAAGAUUCCAAUGCGCUAUGGCAUAGGUUGCUGCAGAAGAAUUGUAUGCCAGAUAAUGUUGUUUAUAGUACAAUUAUUUAUUGGUUUUGCAAGAAGGGAGACAUUGAUGAGGCAAGGAAGCUUUUUGAAGAAUUGUGCAAGGUUUGCGUUCCUAAUGUUGUAACUUACAGCACGUUGAUUGAUGAGCACUGCAAAAGAGGUGAGUUGCACGAGGCCUGUAAGAUCUGGGAUAAUAUGUUGGAAAUGGGAUGCGUGCCGAACGUGCAUACAUAUAAUGUUUUCCUAAGUGGAUUCUGCAAGGUGGUUAAAGCUCAUGACUGCAUUCAAAUAUUGGAGGAGAUGCUGCACAAGGGCUGUGUUCCAAAUGCUUUAACACACCGGAUCUUGGUAGAUGGUUUGAGCAAGUCAUCGAACAUCGAAGAUACUCUAAAGUUCCUUGAUGUAAUGUUGAGGAAGAAAAUAUAUCCUGAUCUAGAUGCCUGGAAUGUGCUUGUUACAGGAGUUUUCAAAAGAGAAAACUUCCAAAAGGUUGAAAAACUCUUUGACGAGUUUUCUGAGGUUGCUCGUUAGAUCUCUGAUAAAUUGAAAACAGAUCGGGCCUUACAUUCUCCUUCAUUGAAAACAGAAUUUAAUUGUCAGGGUUUGUUAUUAUGCCUAAAGAGGGAUAUCAGGGGUUUUCUUGCAAUUGUAGUCAUUCCUAUUCAAGAAAUAAGAACUUCCUUUAUAAGAGUUUGAACAAAGGAACUUAUCAUUGAGUUGUCAAAUUGAGACAUGAAGAACAUUGGCAUAUGUAUUCAGGGCAGGGUAAAAUUUACAAUGCAAAAGAAGUCAGAGAGGAUUAUAUGAUCCUCAGAGAAAAUAUAUUAGAGCCUUGGAUUCAAGUACAGAUGGACAUUCUCUGGAUGGUACCACCUUCAAAAUGUGGCAGCAUUUGAGAUUCAGGUUGAUACCCGCUUUCGUUUCCCAAGGCAGGCAUUACAAUGUUUGCUCGGUUGUAGAUCAAUGUAAAGAAAAUGAUUUUGGACAAAUUUUGCCAUGGAUAAGGAGAUUGUAUGUUCUACACUUUUCCGGUUUCUUUGGUUAUUUUCAUUUUUCUAAUCAGAAAAUACAAUAUAUUAGAAUGUUUUUUGUACAGAAAUGCUGACGGAGAACAUAGACAUUGGUUCAAGAUAUUCAGUAGGCAAUCUAUUCAUUUUUUUUCUCAUAUGGUCAUUUUAAUUCUGGAACAUCACAUCAAGUAUUGAACUUACCAUGUUACAUGCAGUUCUCUAGUGCCACAAACAAUAUUUAAUAAUUAUUCUAAAAGCUUGUUAUAUUGUGAACUCCACCACAUUUUACCAUGUUAAGGGCAAAUAAAUACAAAUAACUCAUCUGUUAAUGGACCUGUUCCAUUGAUCACCACAAGAGCCAUCAUUUCCAUGUUUGUGCAUACUUAUAAAGUCAUAUAAUUUCUGAAGAUAAUAUUUUAGUAACACUGUUCUACUCGCAAGAUAAAUUCCUGCGUAGAACUGGAAACUGGAACUGCCAUCUGGCAUAAGCCCUCUGAGUUGAAAUAGGGAAGGAGAAGAUAAUAAAAAAUGACAAUGAAAAGCUGCUUAAAUUCCUUGUCUGCAGCGUGCUUUUUCUUUAUGUAGUCAUAGAAAAACUUGGAGGUUCCAUUUCUAUCUAACCAUUUUUGUUGAUCCCAUUCCUUCUCUCUAUUGGUUCACAUUUUUCCAACUUCUUCAGCAAGGUUUUUAUAGAGAACAUCAUGGUGAACAAUAGACAAAAUAAACCUCGCUCUUCUUCAACAUUGAAUUCCUAUCUCAAGCAAACUAAAGAGCUGAAGGCAAAGAACUAUUGAGCUACAUUAUAGGUCAAUUUCAAUGAAUUGCAAUUUAUCCUAUUAGAUCCCAGUAUACUAGUUGCAAUCGUUUCUGUGUGUACUCAAUUCAUUAAAUAAGAUGGAGGAUUAGCAUAGAAAACAAACACAGAACUAGAGGUGAUUUUUGAUGUUUUGUGUAACUGAAAAUUCCAUUUUAUGCUCCUUUGCUCACCAUUUUGGCCUAUUUUCUUUAUGGCUUGAUAGCUGCUCCCUGCUGUAGAAUACAACCCUUUUCCUUAAGGUGGGCUAAAGGCUUCCUAGUAGUCCUCUUAAGCUAAGUUAAAUUAAAUAAUCAUGAAGGUUAACUCCCCAUUCUUAUUAUCGAGUCUAAACUGAGGUUGAAUGAAAUAGAAACAUUGCAACUGAAAAAAGUACUCCGCACAUGUGUUGAUGGAGCUGAAACAGAAAAGGAGAUACGAGUUCCAUAAAACCUGUUCAAUUUGGCAGUGGGUGGAGUAAAAUCAAUCAUUUAUAUUUAAUUAGACUACGAGAAUUCUUCAUGACUUUCCUCAUGCUUCUAUUUUGAACUAAAAUAAACAAUGUGCAAGAGAGGUUAACAAUUAAUUCAGGACUGUCUCUUGACAUAGGAUAAAUACAUAAAGGUUCUUUUCCUUAUUCUUCAUCAUGUUUGACCAUGCUGGAAUAUACAAACCCCCAUUUGAAUAGGGCAAAACCUUUUGCCAGAUACAUGGAGAUGACCGCUGUUGGAACAAGUCAAAACAGAACUGUGUAUAUUUGUCUUGCAUCUUUAGUUCGUUGACAGCAGGAGUCAAUUUGUAUUCAAACUCUAUGGCUACCUGUCCAUCAUCAUCAGUGUGUUGUCCAUCAUUUCCAGUUAGAUGUCAAUCUCCAAUAGUUUUCUGUCAAUUUGCUUAGCAGAUAGUUAGGAAAGUUGUUUAACUGCUGUAUAAAUAUGUAUUACUUAUCAAUAAAGAUAUUAUCGAGUUCCUCUGUUUGUCUAUAUUAUUUCUGCUGCUCUGUUUUUUAGCUAAUUGCUCUGUUUUCUGUGCAUGCUCUGCUCUGUUUUCUGAGUUGGUAUCAGAACCUCUAUCCAAAUCUUGCAAUUAUUAGUCUCUGCUGUAAAAGUGGUGCAACAAAGUGUGAGAAUUGUAUGUUGAGAAGAGAGCAGAAUAGAGGAAGACCUGCUAGUUCUGUAGAAGAGUGGAAGAAAAGGUGCAGUGAUCAUAGAAAAGCCCAAAGGUGAAGAAAUUGAUUACCAAGAGGCUGUCCCAAGCAAAAAACAGAUUCUCUGCUACUGGUGAGAAGAGGCUGUGCUCAGCCAAGUGAUUGCUUUGGAGUUUGGGCAUCUAGUUUGCCCAUGAAUUGAUAGAGAAGUUGUUAGAAUUUGAGCAGCUGACAACAUUGGAAGAAAAGACUAAAAGAAGGCAGAACAGCUUGAAGGGACUGGUACAUUUGUUGUUGUUUAGUCUUUUCUUAAUAUGUCAAAUCUCUCAGAUACUUAUCUAACUGAAUCAAAAAGUUAGAUGGUUUAAUUAUGUUAAUUGGAAGUUCAAGAUGUAGACUUUAAUGGAAGGAUACAAUGUUUGGAGCAUUGUAAAUGGUACUGAGGCCAGACCUACAACACCACCUGAUGCUGUUAAAGAUUGGGAGAAAAGAGAAUCCAAAUUUAAGUUUUUUUUAUGUAUGUUAGUAAAGGAUUCAGUCAUCCCUCAUAUAAGAGAUAUCACUACCUCCUAAGAUGCAUGGACAGCUCUGAAAGGUUUGUAUGAGAUUACAAACACAAAUAGUUUUUUUUUUAAAUACUAAAUUACUUUUUUAAAAUGGAAGUAAAUGAAAAUAUUAGUGAUUAUAUCCAAAGUUAAGGAGUUAAGGGAUAAAUUAGCUGAUAUUGGUGAACAAAUCUCUAAUAAUGAUCCAGUAACAGUUACUUUGAAUGGAAUGGUUAGUGAUUAUCAUGUCUUCAUUACUAGUUUGGCUGCAAGGGAAAAGCCACCUUCUUUUGAGAGUUUUGCAGGUAUCCUUCUACAAGAAGAAAAGAGGAAGAAGCACAUGGACAACAAAGUGCAGAUUCACCUUUGAUAGCCAAAGACAAGAAGCCAUCCAAAGGAAAGCAAUGGUCAGAGAACAAAGGAGGAGGUAAAUUCGAGAGCCAGAGGUAUAAAGAGGACAGAAGAUAACAAUAAGGGAUUUGGAUAUCAAGAAGGGGUUUCAUCCAAAUCAAAUGUAAAGAAAAAUAGAAAUUGUAAUUAUUGUGGUAAACUUGUGCAUUAUGCUUAUGAAUGUUGGAAAAAGAAGAACAACGAGUCUAAAAUCAACAAAUAUGAAGGUAAUUAUCAAUUAUGUGAAUGGUGAGGAUGAAAUAAGUGAUAACCUUCAUGAUGAAAGUUGUUUAUUUUUUAUGUUGCUCUUUCAACUGAAAUAGAUGAGUGUAAUAAUUUUUUUCUAGAUUCAGGGGCUUUAAUUCGUAUGUCAUGGAAGAGAAAUUGGUUUAUAAAUUUUCAUGAGAAAAAUGAUGGUAGUAAGAUCUAUUUAGGAGAUAAUAGGUCUCAUGACGUAAAAGGAUAUGGUGAUAUAAGUGUGCAACUACCUAAUAGAUAUGUAAAGCAACUUUCUAAUGUUAUGUAUGCUCCAGAAAUUAAGAAAAAAUUGAUUUCAGUUUCAGCUAUUAUUGAUCAAGGUCUUAAAGUUGAGUUCUUGAAAAUAGGUUGCCAAGUAAAGGAUAUGAAGGGAUCAUUGUAAUGUGAUUGUAGAAGGUAUUAGAACAGGAGGCUCGUAUAAACUUGAUGUGAAAGUGGACAGCCAUCAAGCAAUGUCAUCUACAUGUGUAUCCACCGAAGAGAUAUGGCACAAAAGGUAUGGUCAUUUAAAUCUUAAGGAUCUUAUUACUCUACAAAGAAAAGAGAUGGUGCUAGGUCUUCUAGUAUUAAAGGAUGAAUAAAUUAGUUGUGAUGGUCGUGCAUUGGAAGUUCAAAUAUUGUAGAUUAGCAAACCCAUGAUCAAAGUGGGCAUGAAGUAAGGCAAGGUGAAGCUACUCCAGCGAACAAUGAAGCAUUAAGAAGAUCAACAAGACAAAUCAAGGCACCAAUUAGGUAUAAUGACUAUGCUCUAAUGGCUCAAGUAAUGAGUGUAGAUGAACUUCAAAUUUUGAAGAAGCUAAAGAUCAUAAAGAAUGGAUGAAUGCAAUGUACGAAGAAUAUGAUUCAAUAAUGGGUAAUGGUACUUGGGAAUUAGUUGAAUUACUUGCAAAUAAAUCCCCUAUAGGCUUUAAAUGCUUGUUCAAGACUAAGUUUAAAGCUGAUGGUACUAUUGAUAAAUUCAAAGCUAGAUUAGUUGUAAAAGGGCACACACGAAAGGAAGGAAUAUAUUAUGAAGAUACUUUUGCACCUAUUGCUAAAAUGAAUACUAUUAGACUUAUGAUUGCACUUGCUACUAAGUUUAAUUGAGAUCUUUAUCAAAUGAAUGUUGAGUCAGCAAUCUUAAAUGGUGAUUUAAAGGAAGAAAUUUAUCUUGUUCAACUUGAAGGAUUUGUAAAGAAGGGAAAAGAACAUUUGGUAUGUAGGUUAAAGAAAGCAUUGUAUGGUCUCAAACAAGCACCAAGAUCAUGGUAUGAGAAAAUUGAUAAAUUCUUCUUUCAACAAGGGUAUAUCAAGAGUAAAAAUGAUCCAAACUUGUACAUAAAGAAUGAUGAACAUGGGAAUUUUGUUUUGAUUUCAUUGUAUGCGGAUCUUGGCAAAAUGCAUUAUUGUUUAGGAAUUGAAGUGUGGAGACAAGAUGGGAAGACUUUGAUUACUUAAAGUAAGUAUGCUAAUAAGUUGAUCCAAAGGUUUAAUACGCAAGAUUGCAAGCAAUAUUUACUUCAUUAGAACAAAAUUUCAUGUUUUGUUGUGAUAAUUAUACUUCAAAAGUCAACGGGACUUUGUAUAGAUAGAUGGUGGGAAGUUUGAACUACUUGACCACUACAAGGCUUGAUAUUGCAUAUUUAGUCAACAUACUUAGCCAAUUCAUGGCUAACCCUCUUGAGCCUCAUUGGAAAGAAACAAAGAAAGUCAUUUGAUACCUACAGGGUACCGCAAACUUUGGCAUUGAAUAUACUAACCAUUUGAAUAUUGAGUUGACAGGUUAUUCAGAUUUUGAUUAGGCAGGUGAUUUAGCUGAUCGUAAGUCAACAACUAGUUAUGCAUUCAACAUAGGAUUGGGUGUUGUUUCUUGGAGCAACAAGAAGCAACCAACUAUUUCAUUGUCAUCGACUGAAGUUAAGUAUAAAACAUUGUGCAGUGCUACAUGUGAAACAAUUUUGCUAAGACGAAUUCUUGAAGAUAUGGGAUGAAAAGAAGAAGGACCAACUCCAAUCAAGUGUGACAAUUAAAGUACAAUCAAGCUUGCAAACAAUCCAGUGUAUCAUGCAAGAUCAAAACAUAUUGAAACUCAACAUCAUUUUGUAAGAGAAAAGGUUCAGAUUCAAGAGAUUGAACUAUAAUAUUGUAACACCAAUGACAACAUGGCUGAGGUAUUUAUUAAGCCAUUGGGAAAAACAAAGUUCGUAAUUUGUAGAGAUAUGUUAGGGGUCAAUCAUAAUUCUAUUAUGCCUUAAGGGGGAGUGUUUGAAUAAGUCAAAAUAGAGCUGUGUAUAUUAGCUAGUUGACAAUAGUAGUCAAUUUGUAUUCAAACUUUAUGGCUACUUGUCCAUCAUUUCCAAUUAGAUGUCAAUCUCCAAUAGUUUGUUGUCAAUAUGCUUGGCAGAUACUUAGGGAAGUUGUUUGA